AUGGCCCCGAAGAAAGAAAAGAAAGAUCAGCGCCGGCUGAACCUGGCUGUUCCCUACCAGGCACCGGCCCCGAAAACGGACGCUGCUGAUGUGACGUCGUCCAUGUCGUCCAUCAUGCCAAUGGCGGCCAUGAUGACGCGCAACCGCUACAUUGGCUGGAGCUCUGUCAUGUUCAGCGUCCUCAACUGGCUGGGCGAGAGCGAGGAGUCGAGGAAGUCCAGCAGCACGCCGGGCAUCUUCUCUGUCGGAAUGUCAUUCAUGGCGCUCGCGGUGACCUACAUCCCACUGUUUAUGCCAGCCCCCGGCCAGGAGGCGGCACCGGUAGCAGCUCUCACCCCCGUUCCGGUGGCGUGA